AUGAAAUACUCGAUACCAGUCUCUCGACUUGUCCUAGUGGCCAGUCUUUUUGGACGUAUUUUGUCUAUUCCGUCAGCUGGAGACGACAUUCAUCGUGUUCAUGCCCGGAACCAUCUUCCGCGCUUGAUGGAUAUUCCUAUCCACGUGGACGACUCGGAGACCGAAGCACCAAAGGCAGUGGUAGCACUCGAAGAUGAUGGAAGAUCUGCGUUAGAAGGUCAAACGCCAUCCAGAGACACAGGCGGGAGAGUUGAAGCUGAGAGUAUGACGUUGGCAGCAAGAGGAGACACCUCUGCCAUUCAAGCACAAACCGCCGCAACUUCAACAGCUACCGAAGUCGAAGAGGUAGUCAUCUACGUCGACGAGAACUCACAAACGGUCACCACAGAGACGAACACCAUCCCCAUCAUUUCACAAGCAACUCCCUCUGCCUCAUCAUCCUCGUUAUCCCCAUCGCCAUCUUCGUCUUCGUCCACAUCUUCAUCCAUGGCAGAGACAACUCUCAAACUAAAAACCAAACGCACCAACCUCUCCUCUUACCUUUCAUACAAUAAAGCCCACAAGAAACUCAUCAAACCCAUCAAACCCACCAAGCCCAUGGACAGCACGCCUCCAGCAACCAACAACACAACAAUCCUCACCAACACCAACACCACCACUCACAUCCACCCCGGCUUCUCCCCCCAACGUCUCCCCGGCAUAACCUACGCCCCCUACGACCUAACAGGCUGCCGCUCCCCGUCCAACAUAGCCUCCGACUUCUCCCGCAUCGCCCGCACAGGCCUCUACUCCACCGUCCGCAUCUACGGCGUCGACUGCUCCCAGGUUUUACACACGCUCCGCGCCGCCUCUUCCGUUUCUCCUCCGCUUAAACUCUUCCUCGGCAUUUUCCACCUCUCCGACCUCAGCUCGCAGAUUACGACGUUGGUUAAAGACGUGCAGACAUUCGCCGCCGCCUCCUCCUCCCCCAAAAAAACCGUGGAAGAAGUCUGGACAAACAUGGUAGACACCAUCAGCGUAGGCAACGAACUGGUGAACAAUGGACAAGCCACGCCCGCUCAAGUCCUAGCCGCCGUGCGAACGGUACGACAAGCGCUGCGACGGGAAGGGUACCAAGGCCCCGUGGUAACAGUCGACACCUUCGUCGCCGUCCUCGCACACCCACAGCUCUGCAGCAGUCCAGACACGGACUACUGCGCUGUCAAUGUCCACCCGUUUUUUGACCCGCACACGGUCGCUGGCCAGGCGGGGAAUUUUGUACGGAGGCAAGUUUUAAACAUACGCGAAGCUACUAAUCCUAAAACUCAAGCUACUACUGAAAAAGAGGGAAAACAAAAAAGGGUGGUGGUUACCGAAACCGGGUGGCCGAAACAGGGGAAUGCAAACUACAAAGCGGUGCCGGGGAGAGCGGAACAAAAAAGGGCGGUUGAGGGCGUGAUGAAGGUUUGGAAGGAAGGGAGGGAGAGAGGGUUUGGGGAUGAUGGGGAUUUUGAGGUUUACAUGUUUACGGCGUUUGAUGAUGAGUGGAAGGUUGCUGAGAAGGGCACGUUUUAUGCUGAGCAGUUUUGGGGGAUUCAAAAUGACUAA